AUUACUACAAUAAGAGAAGUGUGUGCGAGAAGAAAGUUCUCAUAUUUCAUAACUAUAUCGAAUAACAAAAAAAAAAGAAAUUAAGAAAUGGAGAAAGGUGGACUCGAGCUUGAGAUAACUGAGCUGAGACUAGGUCUUCCGGGGACGGAGAAGAUGAUGAAGAAGAGAGGUUUCACGGAGAUGAUCAUGACGUCUUCGGGAAGUAAUAGUAAUCAAUGUGAAAGCGGCGUCGUUUCAUCAGGUUGUGACGUAGAGAAAGCUAAUGAGUCUCCGGUUGCGAAAAGUCAGGUGGUGGGAUGGCCGCCAGUUUGCUCAUACCGGAGGAAAAACAGCUGUAAGGAAGUUUCAACGACGAGAGUGGGGUUAGGGUAUGUGAAAGUGAGCAUGGAUGGUGUGCCUUACUUGAGGAAGAUGGAUCUUGGUUCGAGCCAAGGUUACGAUGAUUUAGCAUUUGCUCUCGAUAAGCUCUUCGGUUUCCAUGGCAUUGGAGUGGCCUUGAAAGAUGGUGAUAACUGCGAAUACGUGACCAUAUACGAAGACAAAGAUGGAGAUUGGAUGCUCGCGGGAGAUGUACCUUGGGGAAUGUUCAUAGAGUCAUGCAAGAGGUUGAGGAUUAUGAAAAGAUCGGAUGCUGCAGGGUUUGGGCUGCAGCCUAGAGGAGUAGACGAGUGAUAUGGUGACUUGACCAAGAAGCAAGGCACUGGUUGAAUAAUUUAACCUUUAAAUUUGAUCAAGAUCCUUUAGAACAUUUUUCCUAUUCAUGUUAUAUAUAAUAUUCAGAAAUGAUAUCUCCCAGGGAGGGUUAAGGAAAAAAAAUAUAUAUAUAUAUGUUAUAGUGUUAUUCUAUAAGAUAAUUUAAGUUAUGGUUUGCAUAAUUAUCUACAGAAAGACAGCUACAUAUAUUUCUUGAGAUUGAGUUAAGACAUUACUUUGUUUAAAAAUCUAAUGUUAUUCGGAUCCAUGUAAGUAUAAUACCUGGCGGAAACCUUUGUAGCGUUUCCAUGAUUUCCUUCAAAUUUGUUAAUUUCAGCAUAAUUGACUGUU